CCGUGCCGGUAGAGUCCCGUUAAUUAUCGCUGCCUUCAGCUCUACCGGGAAACUCGGGGGCGUUAAGACCCAGCAGAGGUCCACCAGUGAACAUCUGUCGCCUCGGUCUCCUCUGGAUGAAACGCUGCUGGACUCCGCGCUGAAGACACAGCGGCGGCGGAGGUGCUGGUGGAGAGGAGCGGGGACCGGAGGACCGGGAACCGGGGGAAGAUGACCGAGAGCGGAGCGGGACGCAGCGAGCAGAGACCAUGAAGACCCCCAUGCGCCAUGGGGUAGCCGUGCUCCUCGUGCUCCUCCUGUGCGCCAGCCUCUUCCUGGUCUACAACGGCAGCUUCAACGGCGCCUCCAGGGACGCCAACGACACGCGCAUCCGGCAGCAUGAGCAGCAGCGGCGGCCCACCGAGGCCUCGGUCCGGGUGGCCAAGCCUCACCCACCGCCGCUGCAGGGAUACAGCGGCAUCAUCGACCAUAAGCCUCUCCGGAUGCACUGCCACACCUGUGCUCUGGUCACCAGCUCCGGUCACCUGAUCGGAGGCGGUCGAGGUGAGGAGAUCGACCGGGCCGAGUGCGUCAUCCGCAUGAACGACGCUCCGACCGCCAGAGGUUUCGCCCGAGACGUCGGCCGCCGCACAUCGCUGCGAGUCAUCGCGCACUCCAGCAUGCAGCGAGUCCUACGGAGUCGCCACGAGCUGCUCAACGCCAGCCAGGACACCGUGUUCAUCUUCUGGGGACCCAGCAACUACAUGAGGCGCGACGGGAAGGGGCUGGUCUACAACAACCUGCGGCUCAUGAACCAGGUGCUGCCCAAACUCAAAGUCUACAUCAUCUCCUGGCAGAAGAUGCUGCAGUUUGACGAACUCUUCAAGAAGGAGACCGGAAAGGACAGGAGGAUCUCCAACUCCUGGCUAAGCACCGGCUGGUUCACCAUGACCAUCGCCCUGGAGCUGUGCGACCGGAUCAACGUCUACGGCAUGGUGGCCCCGGACUUCUGCAGGGAGCCUCAGCGUCAGUCCGUCCCGUACCACUACUACGAACCCCGAGGUCCGGACGAGUGUGCCAUGUACAUUUCUCACGAGCGUGGCCGUCGAGGCAGCCAUCAUCGCUUCAUCACCGAGAAGCGGGUCUUCGCCAGCUGGGCACGGACGUUUGACAUCCACUUCUACCAGCCGGACUGGAGCCCGCCGCCGCUACCGGCCAACCGGACGCUGGACGGGGCGUCCACGGUUCCUCAGAAGACGUGACUGGAAGAAACUGCUUCAGACAUCCAUCCCAGAAAGACUGAGCAUGAGGGGAAUCUGCACCAGACCUUUUAAAACCAAGGAUGAGACACGACAGGCAGGAGGUCUAGAACUCUGGAUGUAAACGGUUGAAGCUGCUGGACAUUGUUUGGAUCACUGAGGUCAACUGACUCUAAGUCUCUCUUUUUUUUUUUUGGAAAAUCUUGAAAAGUUUUGUAGAACUUGAGGUUAAAUUUGGCUUUCUGAAAGAGUGAAUCAUUGCUGCUCAGAUGUCCUAUUCAUCUGCAGCUAAGACUAGAUGUUGAGUUGGAUGAGGUUCUUCAGACAAAGGUUCAAACCCCUUCAAAGCAACGACAUAAAUCACUUCCCUGACCUUCACCUGUGGGCAUCGUGAUCCGGGAGGUUUUAUCUCAUUUUCUAUUUAUUUAUUCUGUUUAUUUAACCAGGAGAGAUCCCAUUGAGAUUAAGAACCUCUUUUUCAAGGGAGUCCUGGCCAAGAUAGGCAGCAGCACGUACAAAGCACAGUUAUAAAGUUACACAGUUAAAACAUAAUUAAAAUGAGAAAAAAAUGAUAAUAAUAAUUAAAUUUACAAGCAAGUUCUAAAAAACAAGUGCAUGUUGUGGAAACGGCCUCAAGAACUCGCAGUUUAGAUUUAAAGGCACUCAAUGAGAUUAAGUCAGUUAAUUUCCAGUCUUUCUGCAACAUAUUCCAGGCAGAAGGUGCAGAAUAAACAAAAGCCUUUUUACCCAGUUCAGUAUGAACACAUGGAACUGAAAGCAACAGAUGAUCUUGUGAUCGAAGCGAGCGAAGAUCACAAGUUUUCUGUGCUGUUAAGGAGCAAAUGUAGGAGGGCAGUAGUCCAAGUAUUGCCUUAUAUAUGAAAAUAUACCAGUAAUGGAUCCUUCUGGUGGCUAAAGCUGCCAUCCCACCCAAGAGUAGAACUCUCAGUGAUGCGUUGACAUUUUACAGUUCGUAAUAAACCUCAACGAAGCUCGGUAAGCAGUGUCAACCAUCCGAAGCAUUCAUAUACAAAAGAUCUCCAUAAUCCAACACAGACAGAAAGUUGCAGCGACAAGCUGCUUUUUUACACUAAAAGAAAAACACAACUUGUUUCAAAAAUAACCAAGUUUUAGCCUCAGCUUCCUCACAAGAUUCUCCACAUGUGGCUUGAAAGUGAGGGAGUCAUCAGGUAUUUAUACACGUGGACCACCUUUAUUUCAUUUCCCUCCAGUGUGGACACUGAGGGAAAUAUCUGUGGCCACUUCCUAGAGCUGGAGAACAACAUCAGCUUAGUCUUGUCUGCAUUGAGAACAAGUCUCAUGCUUGUGCGCCUCCUUCGCUCCUGCUCCUAUGUAUCAUCAGGCUUUGUUGGCGCCUGUCACCCGUUAAUUGUGCGAUUUAUACAGCCACAAGCCGGAUUUCCGUGUAAAUGCACCUCCAUGUCAGACAAGACAAGUGGAGAUUAAGAUGGAGAGCAGAGCGACGCUACAUCCGUCUGCUGCCUCAGAGUUACACCGUUUCAGAGAACACCGGCUUUCUUUAUUUGUUCAGCUGAUGGCUCUCAGUUGUGUUUGAUUUGAUGGCAAACAGGCUACAUGUAGACCCCCCUCCUCUUUCUUCAUGAAUAAGAAUCAGGUGUCAGUCCAAAGAUGUUAUCUUAACCCUCCUGUUGUCCUCAAUUAUGGGCACUAAAAAGUAUUGUUUCCUUGUCUAAAAAAAAAUUCAAGAAUUCUGAAAAAAAUUCCCCAAAUUUCUGAGAAUUUGCAAAACCUUCAGGAAGAAAAUUCCAAUAAUUCCUUAACAUUUUCCCUUAGAAGUUUUAUUUCAAAAAAUCCUCCAAAUUUGGCAAGAAAAUUCUUGUAAAUAUUUUCCAAAACUGAGUAAAAAAACUUAAAAAUAUCUAAAGUGCUUACAUAUAUAUCAGUAAAACUUCUAAUAUUUUCUUUAACCCUCGUGUCGUCCUGCGGGUCAAAAUUGACCCAGUUUAAAGUUUGAAAAUGUGGGAAAAAAUAUAUAUUUUCACAGUGAAAAAUAUUGUUUUCUUGUCUGAAAAAAAAUCCACAAAUUCAGCAAAAAAUUUCCCCAAAUUUCUGAAAAUUUGCAAAACCUUCAGGAAGAAAAUUCCAGUAAUUCCUUCAAAGUUUUAGUUUAAAAAAAAAAAAAACCCAAAUCUGGGAAGAAAAUUCUUGUAAAUAUUUCCAAAAAAUGAGUAAAAAUCUUUAAAAAAAAUCCUAAAAAUAUCUAAAGUGAUUCCAUAUAUAUCAGUAAAACUUCACAUAUUUUCUUAAGAACAUUCACAUAAAAAUCAACCAAAAUCCAGUGAAAUUCGCUGGAUUUUGGUUGAUUUUUUUUGUGAAUGUUCUUAAGAAACAUUUUUAACAUUUCUUUUUUUUCACCAAAAAAUGUUCAAAGAUUUCACAAAAAUGUUGAAAAUGUGGACAUUAGAUGUUUCACUGGGAAAAUAUAUUUUUUCCCACAUUUUCAAACUUUAAAAUGGAUCAAUGUGACCCGCAGGACGACACGAGGGUUAAAUUCUUGUAAUUAUAAAUCAGGACUGACUAUUUCUUCUGAGUUUAUUCCAAACCAUCAGACAACGGUAAGAUCCACAAGUGUCUCGCUUUGAGUUUCACUGUUAAACAGAAAUAAACGGUUCUGUUGGUUAUUCUGACUUCUUGAUGAGCUGCUGUUAGUUACUGCAGUAUGAUGCAUUAAACAUCACUCGGCGUGUGGUCUAAUCUCGCAUGAAUGACGAACGUUGCAUGAGGAACCGUGUGAGGAACAUCAAUGAAAAAGGACUUUUGUGUGAAUGACAGGAAGCAUCACUUUAACAGACUGAUGAAGCAGCAGCAGUGCACAUCCACAUUUACUGCACAAACAUGUGGCAUCAGCCUUGUCAUCUCCAUCUCUACAAAGGUCAAUCUAUAACUGAGGGACUUUUGAAGUCCAUGGGAUAUAUGUGCAUACAUUUUUAUUAGAAGUAAAAAUAACUAAUGAUUUUUAUGUUCUUAUGAUCAUGUCUUUACAAAUUCCAUCAUUAUUUAUUAUGGAAACAAUCAUUUAAUAAAAAAUGACUGGAUAUCACUGAAAUAUCAACUAAAUAACCGUCCGAAUUUAAUACCAGCCACCUUCUAAUGAGCUAAACAAUAAUAAAAUGAGUUUAUUCAGAAACAGUUUUGAUUGUGUUCUUUUUAUUAAGUUGAGAUAAUCAUGACAGAUAUUUCUUUUUUGGCAAUAUAUCAAAUUUUAGAUGGAAAAAAGCAAAUUAAAUCACUUUCCACUAAAUUCCCCAUUACAAAAUGGGUUGGUUUUCGGCCUGAAAACAGCAAAAAUGUCAACUAUGAUACAAACAGUCCCACAACUAUACAUUGACCCACAAGGUAACAAACAUCUCCCAGAAUCCCAUUUAGCAGUCAGUAAUUGUUGCUUGUUAACCUUCUGUUCACUGACUUUCAUCACCAACAUUUCACUCAAUAAAUGACUAUCAGUUG